GUUCUUCUGGCACCGACCGAAAAGUCAACUCGGUUGAACGUUCGGCGGGCCAGAAAUUAAUUUAACUGACACUUUUAAGAUGCAAUUUUGUGAUUGUUGUUAGUAUUUGUAACACAAAGCUUCGCGGCCUAAUCGUCAACAAUAUCCAAAAGCGGAAAUUUUGUAAACGGCUAACUACAAAAUCGAUCGAGUGGUGGUUGCAGUUCUGAGACCCCUUUUCAUUGUGACCCAAGAAGUGAGAUUUUGUAUAGAUAGUUGAAUAUAAAGCAGUUGUCAGUGGUUAUUUUUCAUGGACUUUUGGAAUAAAUUAUCCGAAUUUCUAUUCGAAGUACGUUCAUGUAAGGAUAUCGUUAGUUUUUUCCAUGUGUUGAAUUGAUUUAGAGGAGUAAUUGUCAAUUGCAUGUGUGUAUCGAUGUAAGGCAAAAGAUCGUUGACCUUCUGCGAGAACCAUUUCACGAUAUGAUAGUUAUUAUAUGGUUUAUUUCGGACCAAUUUGAAAUAAAAACUGAAGAUAGGUACUAAACGAGCCCAGGGCGAGAGAAGGGGGUUGUUAAAACAACGGCCAGAUCGACACAGUGACAUGCCUAACGAGAUCUCAGGCAGUGCUGGAUCAGCCAUCGGUAGCAGUAAACUACGCUGCCCCGCCCCCAUAUCUCGUCUUCGCGUCGAAAAAAUCGAAGGAGGUCUCAUGGUGGCGGGUGUCGUUGUAGCUGCCAAUUGUCAAAUUAUUUUGCCAAUUUUUGGAUUUCUUUUUUUACUAGUUGGUUGUGUUUUAACAGCUGCAUCUUAUAGAGGUCCGGGAGAAGAUGAAGAUGCGGAUCGAUAUGAAGCUCGGAUAACAUUCACGGGAAAUUCCCGUAUUCUCGGUCCAGCAUGUAUUGUUGUGGGUUUUUUUAUGCUCGUAGCUGGUUUUGUGCUGUGUGUCUUAACGAAGAGGGCGAGAAGGAGAGAACAGACUAUAGGGUUCCAUUGUCCCUUGCAUGGAGAUUUCUAUCCACUGAGUCCACUUUCUAGCUCCAGGACAAUAGGUAGUGCAGAGAAGGGAGGAAAUUGUAUCUUAUGUUGGCCUAGAAGAAGGGGUCCCGGAGCAAUAGCUGUAGGGCCUCCACAAUGUCCACAUAGUCAGAUGUCUAGCACGCGAAGUUCAAUAGCGAGUUCCCCACAUAGUCAAUGUCCAACACCCCUACCAUUCCUUGUCAAUUCUGGGUCUGUUGGAGUGUUAGUUGCACCAAUAGCACAAAUGUCUCCUGAUCAACCGUUUGGUUCGAAUAGAUCGCUAACAGGUGGCAGAGAAGUUGCAAGUUUUCCAUUAUCAAGAACGCCUACACCACCUCCGAGUGCCAAUUUUGACAGCAGUAGUCCAAAUCUAGUCCAUGUCCCAGAUGAACAGAACCUAGUGGAAUCGCAUUUUGAACAAGUACCAAUACAUAGAAAUGAUCCCAGGAAAUCUGUAUCAAUAGUAUUACCAACAGAAGAGAAAGGAUGACCCACGGAUCUUUAGCAAAUAUGCUACAAUGAAAAGUAAUUCUUUUUUUCCGAACAAACAGACUGUGAGUUGUACAAUGUAGUCUCGAAUAUACGCUUUUUUAAAAUAUCUCAAAUCUCAUAUCAUUAUAGAUGUUGAAUUUGUAGGCACAACGUUUAACCAAGUAAGAGCAUCAUUAUCCAUUAAAUAAUUCUUCACUGCGGUUUCAAAAUUAUAUAAAGAAAAAAUAUUUCAUAUUCAUUCCUCAGAAGUGUUACAAUUUUUAAAUAUUUAAAGUUUUUUCUUUGUAUGAGAGUUACAAUAACAGUUAUCAGGGGUAAUAGUAUGAAUAGUUCAAUCACGAUUCAGCGAGAAGAAAGCCAACAGUUUUAUCCAUUUCAUCGGAAAUAGUUGCCUUAAAAUAUUUAUAGAAGCAUUCUAUUAACAGCUUUGGUCGACUUUUUUUAGCAUCCUGAGAUUUAAUUCUCAUUAUCUUCUUUUAAUUCACAGGAUAAUUGGCGGUUUCAAAAGGUCUUGUUAUUCAAGAGAUUGACUUUGAAUAUUCAGGCGGAUUUAGAACAUUUUUAUUUCAUAAACUCAACUGCUAUUGUUGACUUAUCAUUUAUCUCAGUACUAUAAUUCGCUAUAUAACUCCCACCUUCUUCUUGAUUCAAUUUUUAGUAUUCUCAUAGAGAAACAAGCAAUAAUUGUUUUUUUUUACAUCCGCCCUUGUAUGUAAUGAAUCUUUGUGUUAGACAGGCAUGUCCUAGUCCGACUAUACUUAUUCGUCAUUAGAAGAUUGUCUCAGAACUGUUUUCGGGACUAACGUAUGACAGUUUUUUCACCUAACUGUGUAAUGAACAGAACUAUUUAAAAAUAUUUUCAUAAUUAAUUAUUCAAAUGAGUAACUGUUGAGUAUUUUUUAUUUUCUCGUCAUUUAUACCCAACACUCUAUCUGAUAGUUAAUCUGUUAAAAUUUGAAAUAAUAUAAAUCUCGUUUGUGCAUUCUAAAACAAUUUCUUCAUUCUCUCAAUUUCUUUAGAUAAAAUUGCUGUUCCUUCUUUAUCUCUAAUCUUAUAUAAUCAGAUCUCAGGUUGUUGCUAAAUCCCUUCUUGAUUUUCCCAUACACUUGCGAGCAACUGCCUAUUCCAUUCCAUCAUUUUAUUCAGUAUUCACACGUUGACAUCAUCCAUCUGAAACGAUCUUCUGAUUGUCCAGCUGCACUUCCUAUGUAUGAAUAUCAUCCCAGUCAUUGAAUUAUGUCAGUUACAAAGAAAAAAAUCUAUGUUACCAAAAAUAUUACAAAGUUGGCUUGACACUAAAUAUAAUAAAUUGAAUGUAUACAUGGUAAUAUUUACAGAAAGUCACAGUAUAUUUAAUUUACUUAAUAAUUAGAACAUACAGGGUACAUUAGAUUGAUAUCUCUUUAAGGUUUUUAAAAUUUUGGAUAUCUACGUGGUUUAGAAUUGGGAUAGUAAAAUUUACAGUUUUGUUGCUAUCUAUUUGAUUUUUGCGUAUAUUUCAUUCUGCAUUGUUUAACAACAGACUCAAUUAUUUUAUUUAAUAAGAAAACACUCAAAAUACAUGCGAUAAAAGACCUAUGGUAGUUGUACGUGUUAGAUUCAUUUUUUAUAUUUAAUUAUAAUGCUAUGUAUAUUCAUUACGUAGAUAUAGCAAUUCGUAGAAAUGGUUACUGAAACAUAACUGUGUGUUUUUCUGAUUCUUCUGAAGGGUUAAAUGUUAAAACUGUCAAUUGAAUGACGAUUUUUCUUGGUGAAUGAUUUUUUUCUUAUUUGGUUUAAUUGAGAAAAUCAUAAGCUAUGAUUUGAUUUAACUUGAGAAAGAAAAUGUCAUUUUUAAUUACUAUAUUUUUAACAUCAAUGAAACCUUUUUGACAUUUAACCUUGAUUUUAUAUUUUAAUUUAUUAUGUAUGUGCUCGAAUUAUGCAAACAAAGUAUAAAUCAAAACUUGAUUGAAUACAAUUAAAAUAAACAAGAUGUAAUGAUAAAAUUAGCAAAAAUUGAUAUAACCUGUGAAAUAUAUCUUUAAAUACAUAAUCACCUGAUUACACGAAUAUUUUACCCUAUUAUUAAUAUUGACUAACUUCAUUAAAAUAAUUUAUUACAUAACAUUCAAAUUAACAAGAUGCUUUUACCAAACUCAUCAAAAAUAAACAGUUUUCAAAUAAAGUGUGCGGUAUGUAUGUACAGAGUGGUUCCUAAGUAAUCUAAAAUAUUGUAGUGGGAACUUCGUCACUCCAUUUUAAAACGAAAAGCUCUUAUAAACAUACGUGAUAAGUUUUGUAGUUAAUGGGAUAGAGGGUAUCGAAUUGUUUUAUUAUUUUAUUAGAAGCAACAACAUGUGUCAAAAAUUAGAGAAAAAUAGUACAUAUCAGUGAACCUCCGGCAAAAAUGAAAGCAUCCGCUCGACGAUGCAAUACUGUAGAUCUCCUGAAUUUAAUAUCGGAGUAGUGUAGAGCUAGAUAUCCGGAGGAUUGUGCCUAGAUGAACUUAGGGGGAGAUCCUCGUCCGAUCCAAUGGUCUCAAAAAACUCGCUUACAAUCACUGCAAAACACCUUCUAAAAGAAUCGGAAAUUUUCUAGAAAAUGAAGAUAUGUCUGACUGGUCAAACAAUGACCGAAUAGGAGUGAUGAAAUCAUGUUAUUGAACUAUUGCAUGUGGAUUUCCAUCUGCCCAUAUAAGGUCAUUAUAAAAAUUUAUAAUUACAUGUCUUGAAAAGUUGCGCAUACAUAUGUCUAGCCUCUCUAAGCAUUACCAUUCGCUUAUCCAUACAAAAAGUGCAUAUUAGCCAUUUCAUUAUUAGUAAACGCAGGUAUAGUUAUCAACACAAAAAAUCCAUAUGAUAAAAAUUUCUUAUUCGUUUUUUGAGUUACUUUUUAGUUUUGAAUAGUAUUCGACAAAAUUUCAAGGCUACUUAGUUCUUUCGUAUUACUUGUAGUAGCGUCGCUAGAAAAAAUAAAUUUCACUUACCGUUAGAGCUCAUUUAUUACAAACAAUUCGACACCCUGUAUCUCAUUAACGACAAGAAUUAUCACACAUGUUUAUAGGAACUUUUCAUCUUAAAAUGGAGUGACCAAGCCCCCACUACAUUAUUUUAGAUUACUUAGGAAACACCCUAAAUAGCAGGACGAUUAUUAUUUUUCCCUAAUAUAUGCAUAUACGGUAUAAUAACAAUUUAAUGCUUCUUGUUACUUUUCCAAUAUUCAGUAAAAUAUGCAACAAUUAUUAAGUACAGCUUUAAAAAUUGUUAUUUAAAAUUCGAAUAAUCUAUUCAAAAUUUAAUUAUAAGUUCAAUUAAUUUAGGAUCAUUAUCACUCUUGUUUAACUGUUACAAUAAAUCAGAAUUAGAAAAUAAAUAUGUUCCCCUUUAUAAAUUAAAGUAAUUAUUUUGUUUCCAAAUAUUAUGCACAUACUAUAUAUCAAAAUGUGUUUAAGAGAAUAAAGCGGUUAUUUAUAAUUAGUAAACUACAUGUAUCACAACGUUUUCAUGAAAAAUGUCAUUAUAAUAAUGAUAAAGAUGUAGGUUAUUAAGAAUGUUAUGUUAAAAAUAUAUUCAGUGAUAUCGAUUAUAUUUAUUUUUCAAUAUUGUACAAAGUCCAUAGUUUUACGACAGAUGGAAAAUUUUGGGAAAAUGCCUUCUUUAUUGGCUUCGAAAAUGAAUUGAGUACCUGUUCAGUUUGUUACUGGAUAAAAUGAGUUAAAUGUAUCAUUUCUUCAAAUGAUUGGUCCUUUGAAUAUAUGAAACAAUUGCACCUUGAUUUGUGACUUCAUGGUAAGAGUACAUGAUGGGGUAAACUACAUCUGCAGUCUGAAUACACGGUUUACACAAUCACUACACCAACAUUCACAAUUACACUGUCUGACGCGCGUUUCGAUAUUUCAGCGGGAAAAAACUCCUUGGCGGGAAUAUUAAUAUUCAUUCUUUGACUACUAAACUAUAGAGUGGGCUGUAAGGAAUUGGCCCUUUGUCGCUAUUUAAGCUACUCUUACAUCUAGCAAUCUCAAUACUUUCAAAUGCAUCCAACAAUUUAUUAAGUAUUGGGUACAUUUUUUAACAAUUUUAUAUUAUUAAUAUUUAUGUCAUGAUUGUGACUGGCCGCACUCACAGUGUUCAAUUUGACACGAUCUGAAUUCAUCGAGCUCUUUUUCUUUCCAAAGCCUUAUUCCCCUUAUAUUUGUUAUAUUUUGAACUAUAUGAUAAAUGUUACUACCUAUUAAUGGGAAUAUUGUUAACUGAUAACAAUACUGUUCAAAUAUAUUACAAAGAUUUGCAGUGAAUCACUCACUGAAAAUAAUUGUUUCUAGAACUGCAUUACGAAUAAUUCGAUAUUUCUUCAAUUCGUAGAAGCGUUAAGACUGAUUUGAUUUUACAGCUCAUUAAGCUAAACAUAUCAAUUAAACAACCAUCGACAAAGAAGGCAUUUCCUCAUUUCAGAUUCGUAGGUACUUAUUACAAUAAUAUUUAGACCAAUAUAAUCAUAAUAUUGUAAGUUUUUCAAUAUGCUGUAUCUUUUUGUUUCUCCGUCCUUCUGUGCCAAAAUUACAGCUUUUAUUAAGCAAUAAAACAAGAUCUUUAUAUUCCAACACAGAAAUAAUCUAUAGUUUAAUUUGAUAUAAUUUAACCUGUUUUAUUAAGUGGCAUUAUCAUUUAAUUUGUUAUUAUAAAAUAUUGAUGCCAGAUGUUCACUCUAUUUUACAAUAUGCUGGGUUAUUGAACAAAGUAUUCGUAUUAGUAGUUAGAAUAUUGUAUGUUAUAUGACAAGAAGAGAUGAGAAAGGAUUUCCAACUGACAUAUGCAACAAAAUGCUUAACUAAAGUAAAACAAUAAUAUCGAUUAAUUCUCAAUAAAUAAUAUGCAUAUGAAUAAUAUGAACUCUGUAUACCAUUUUAUCAAUUUUUACGAAUAUUUUGAAAACGUUUUCAUCAAAAAUAUUUUUUUUCUUCAUUAUUUUAUAAUAAUCCUGUAAAUAUAUACAUAACUUGACUACAUUUCAACUUCCUCCUUUUAUUUUCUCAUUAUAUUAACGUUUUUUUUUCAUUUCUUAUAAAAUAACCGCUUUUGUUCAUAUUGGAAUCCUGAAUUAUUAUAACCUCAGUACUAUUUUUCCCUUAUUACCAGCCUCGCCGGCCAAAUACAGUUUAUGGGUAAACACUAAACACUGCAUCAAAGAAAUUUCAAUGAAUUUCAAAGGUGGUGCUCAUAUUUUCUUUUUAUUGUGUAUGAAACUGGGUAAAUUUUAAUGAUAUAAAAUAAUUCAAAAAAUAACCGAACAGCUAUGGAAGCUAAGUGGCAUAUUGGGGCACAUGAAAGAUGGUAGACAUUAAUAUGUUUGUUAUACUGAAUAGUUUAUAGAAAGAUUAGUAGAUAAUUUUUUUGUUAUUUUGUGGACCAAGCUAAUAUCCUCAGUUUUAUAUAAGCUUUACAUGAAUAUUUUUAUAUCAAAGUACAUAGAAAGUAUGUUGUUAGAACCAAUACAUGUAAAUCCAAAUUUUAAAUGCAAUAUUUGAAAAGUACAGCAAUAGACAUAAUAACAUUAUCUACUUUGGAAAAUAAUAUUAGUCAUCUCAAUGUAUGCUUUAAAUUCUCUGGAAAUCUCAUAGGUAUUACUCAAUUAUGUCAGGCAUGUUUUAAAAUUGGAAAAAUUUUUGUGCUUUAUAUUUGAACUUUGAACAUGGAAUGGAUUUCGUAGAAUAAUUAGUUAUUUCAAAUAUCAGUCUUUAUCAAAAUAUGAUAUUGACACUGGCAAUUUACGUAUUUAUAUUAAUCAAUAGAUCACCUACAUCAGGAACAUUAAAAUAAGAAUAAAAUCAAAAUAGAAAAUCUUCUAAUAAGAAAAAUUAAUUUUUCCUUAGUCCUUACAUCUUAAAUAUGUAGCAGUACUUAAUCAAAUUAUUUUUAGUUUUAUUGAAAUUUACAAAAUAGAGCUAUGAAUUUUACUUAAAUUAUUUAGGUGUUUUCUAUUAUUUUCUAAAAAUUCUCUUUUUCGUAUAUUAGAUUCCGUUUUAAGAAUUUUUGAAUCUUUAUAUUGAAUUUUUGUUUGUUGAUACUCCAUGGUUCGUUAGCGCAGUUUUAUUUUUUUUUAUCGUAUUGAUGACUUCUUAGUCUAUUUUCUAAAUACUGAGAUGUCUGCUCUAUGUAGACAGCGUCACAAUUAGUACAAGGCACUUGAUACAUAAUAUUACUUCUUUUGUUUUUUGGCGUUUUAGAUUUUAAUUUAGUGAAAUAUUUGGAAUAAGUUAUUUAUCAUUUUUUUCCUGAUAAUUAUUUUCUUUCAAUGCAGUUUUUGCUCUUUGAGUAGCUAAGCAUCUAAAUUCAGGAUCUGAUAGUUGGAUAGAUCUUCAGCCAAACCUAUUAUCAAUGAUCUUUUUUGUGACAUAGGAUGACACGAAUAUUUUGAGGGCCAAGUUGGUUUCGUAUACCAUUCUGUUCUUAUGUUAUUGUUCAUAUAAUGUGACACCAAGAAAAUUUAUUCUAUUAUUUUGCUCGACUUCGAUUGUGAAUUGAAGUUUUAUGUUGAUAAGAAUUGAAUUUUUUUAUUUAUGUUUUCAACUUGAUUCUUUGGUAAGCAGUAAUGCAAUCAUCUACCUACAUAUCGGAAAAAGAAUGGAAUAUUUAUAUCAAGUUUUGCUUACGACAGUUUCCUGAAGAUCUUCCAUUACCGAUUGUGCGAUAACACUUCAAAUGGAAACCCUCAUAUCACAACCAUCAAUUUGUUUGUAUAUUUCAUUUUCAUAUUUGAAACAUGUUGUUGUAAGCUUUAUAGCUCUAUAGCUUUUAUAAAUUCGUCAUGAGGUAUUUCUGUAUUUUCUGUAUAUAUUUUAAUUAUGUCCUAUUUUUUUAUCAAUAUAUUUUUCACAAUGGAAAUAUGAAUAUUUGUAUGUGCUAUGGGGGCUUCCAUUUCAAACUUUAUGUCUUUAUAAAAAAAUAAAGACUUAAAGAAAAGUCGAAACGUGAAAUAUUAUCUAUCUUUUAAAAAUUAUUAAAAAAACUAAUUUUGACACAAAAGAACAAUCAAGAACAUAAACAAAUUAAGAAGUCUAAGGAAUUCGAUUAGAAAUUAAAGAAAUUUAUAUAUCAAAUAUUACCUUCUAAAUUGGAGCAUGCCUGCGCAUAUUGGUACAGUGUAUUUGUGUAUCGUGUCAUAUUCUUAUUGUCACUGUACAUAAUGUUUCGUUGGAAAUGUCACGUAUAUUAAAGGGAUCAGUUUUAUCUUUCUAUUGGAUAACUACUAACUAGAAAUAAAUGGACUGCACAAAUAAAGCAAUGGCGCCCAAGAAACAUAAGAAAACCUAAAUCCAAGUGUGACUUUGAUAUUAGAAAAUUAGCUGAAAAAAAUAUGAGUUCGAACAGCCAAUAAUAGACAAUAAUUUCCUCAAAUGCAAGAUGACUAUAUAAAUAUGUAAGGAGUCCUCUACAUGAAAAAUCAUAUGAAUAAGCCACAAUGAACUCAACAGAUUUUGUACUCAGUUGAGUCUAUAUUCAAAAUAGUGACUGUGAAUUGUAUACAAAACUUAAUCACUUGCUUGUAUUUAGCGCAGAUAGUGAAAAGAUCUUCAAAACAAUAUCACAAGCCCAUAUAUUUCGGCAUUUUUUAUUAAUAUUUUCGCUAAGCGAUUACAUUUGGUUUUACAAAAUUGUAUUCAAACAAAUUGAAUAGUUAUAUGUAGCUGUAAUGGUCCAGAAAUAAUGAAGUUGUAAGUUUAUUGGCCUUUUAGCAUUAUUUUAGCAUUUUUAGCAUUAUUUUUAUUUGAUUUUCUUUUCGCUGCUUCUUGUUCCGCAGAAAAUGAAGUCAGCUUCGGAAAAAAUAUCUGUGUUAAAAGGGUAAAUACCAAUGGUGUGAAAAUCAUUAGCCGCUAUUGUGUAUGUGUAAACUUCUUCGUAAGCACUACCAAAUAACUCCAUUAUAUCAUUAGGACUCAGAACCCGUUGGUUUUGACCGAUUCAAGUACGAAUUUAUUCACUAUAAUAGACUUUUAAUGGCCCCAUUAAUGACUUAUUCAAAGUUUGGAGUUUGUGCGUCGAAUUAGGAGGAAGAUAUGCAAUAUUAACAUGGUUUUUCUUUGCAAAGUCAAAAAUGUCGAUGUGGCGAGUGUUGCUGUAAUGGACGUCAAUGAUUAUCAGGUAAAGGCGUUUCUUCAGUCGAUUUAGUGUACUAGAUAACGUGACACCACUGGGUGAAAAUCUGGAAGUGCCAACCAGAUGGAUGUUCCAUUCCUACCGACCCAGGAUGAACCCUCUUCAUGAGCUAAUUGUUCAUAUUUUUCUUAAGAAAAGGGGACAAAGUCUCCAGUCACGCUCAUACAAAAAACUGUAAUCAAAGCUCCUCCCUCUGCUGAUAUUAGUAUUCCGUAUUACCAAUAACCCAUGUCAUCAAUAUUUCAGGUUAGAUCUAAGCUAUGAUGACAAAAAACUAAACAAAUGCAACAUCGUUUAUAUACAGUCGCAUCGUAACAAAUAUUGAAAUAAAAUCAUGCAAAUAAAAAUGUUAGGCUUGCUUGAUCACUUACAUGUUAAACUUUUUAGGACCCGAAGUUCACAUGUGCACACCGAACCGAAACCAUACUAAAACGGCGCGGGGUAAAUCGCCCCAAUAAAGACGGCAAAAAUACAUGUUUAGACGAUUUUCGGGCGGCAUUUGGUUUGGGCAAAACCAAUGUAUUCACAUUUAUUCCAUGUGAUAAAACAUCACAUUACUCUUGUUCGCUUGAUGUUAAUCUAUAAAUGGCUAGAUAUUUCCUUUAGUUAGUGAUUCUACAGUCGGCUGUGUUAUUUCGAAUAGCAAUUAGGGCCGUAUUUAAUCCAUUAAUGCUUAACAGGGGGUUAUGAAGGUAAAUUUUUUACUUUUAAUUUUUUUAUUUGAGAGAAAAUGGAUAUCCGUCUAAAUAUGAUAAGGUACAAAGUAUCUUUUAGUUUUUUCCGGAAAUUGAAUUAAGUCAUUUUGGCUAGCGCUGGAACAUGAUGGUCUAAUUCUAUGUAUUUUAUUGAUUUGUUGAAAUAUUUUAUUUUUUAUUCCUCGCUUUAUAUUCUAUGUAAAUUUGACCUAAUUUUAUUUUGGUUGAUUAUAUUUUUUAUUAUGUUAAACAUAUCAAUAAUUAAUAUUGUAUAUAACAUCACUGCAUUUUUAUAGCAUUAGACAAAUUUAGACUCCAAACAAAUCUUAUUGAAUCUACUUUUUCAAAAUAACACUAGAGCCAUCGAAUUUUUUCUGAUUCAAUAAACUCCUUUAUCAGAGGCACCUCUGCCAAAAUUGAUUUCAUACGACAAAAAAUCUAUUUCAAUAUUUUAUAUUCAUAUUUUUCUCAUUGAGAUAUAGAUCUGAGUAAUUAGGUAUCAACCAUCGUUAUAAUACAAAAUUCCAUCAGCAUUUUUUACACCCAAAAAAAUUUGUCAUUUGAUUGUUCAAAUAUGGUAUCUUGAAAAAAAUAUCCAAUAAUAUUUGUGAGGGGUUUGAUAGGAAAAAAUAAGAUGUGACGUACGUGAUAUGUAUUAGAGUUUAUAUGUUGAGGCUGAUUAAGUAUUAAGACAAUGAUUAGACAUGUUAGGCUAAGUCGUUUUUACCAAACUUAUCAGAUAUUGGAAAAUACUAUGAUAUUGUAAUGGCUCUUUCACUUGCUCAUAUAAACAUACAAGUAAUGGAAUUGUUCAUUAUUGUAUUUAAUAUAUGAUUUUAGAAUAAA